AGAAAAACUGAGAAGAAUUAGUUUUUAAUACACAAGCGAAAUAGCCAAAGGAAAAGUGAUUAAAAUAGUGCUGCUGAAACUAAUUACAGAAAUUGUUUAGAUUAUGUUAAACAAAAAGGCAAAAUAAAACUCCAACAACCAUAACAACUUGAACGAAUUAUGAACAAUCCGACAAAAAAUCUAAUAAAAAUUUGCAAUAAAAGCUCCAUGCUAUAAUGGUGUUGAGCAGUGAAUGGUCACAAGUGGAAGUGAUAGAUUUAAUAAACGAUGGAACAAAUUUGAGUGGGCUCGGUUUUAUUUUAGUCGGAGGACGCAGCACCGGAGUUGUUAUAAAAGCACUUAUACCAGGCGGAAUUGCUGAAAGGGAUGGUCGUCUCCAAUGCGGAGAUCAUGUACUUCAAAUUGGUGAUGUUAAUUUACGAGGUUUUAGCAGUGAACAGGUUGCAACAGUUUUGCGUGGUAGUCAACAAAAUGGUAGUAUACGACUCAUUGUUGCAAGACCAAUAGAGCCAACGUCUCCAGAUUAUCAAAUGAUAUCAAGUACAGCCCCCAUUAUCCCAACCAAAAUGUUAACAGGUGAUCCAGAGGAAUUGGAUAAAACACUACAGUCUGCCGGUUAUAUUGCCACAAACGCAUCAACAUCUACGAUGACGAAUGCUUCGUCAUUUUAUAAUCCACAAAUUAAUAUUACCACAAGUAAUCCUGUGAGCACUAUAGAUGAAUGUGAUAUUGAGCAAUUUUCGACGCAUAUUGAGGUGGUUACUGUUAGCACUAAUGAAAAUAAUAUCCUUGUUUCACCAACUUCAAUAAGUCAAUCGCAAUUAAUGACACAAUAUCUAGAUACACCUGAAACUGAAACAUAUGAUGUAGAACUUAGAAAAAAUGUAUAUGGCCUUGGAAUUACUGUUGCCGGCUAUGUUUGUGAGGAAGAAGAUUUAUCUGGAAUUUUCGUAAAAAGUAUUAUUGAGGGAAGUGCUGCCGAAUUGAGUGGAAAAAUACAAAUUAAUGAUAGAAUAAUAGCAGUUGAUGGAAGAUCAUUAUCAGGAGAGUCAAAUCAUCAAGCAGUCGAAGUCCUUAGAAAUACUGAUAUAGCUGUUAAAUUAACAUUAGAAAGAUUUCUUCGCGGUAGAAAAUAUGAGCAUCUUCAAGUAGCAUUAGUAGAUGGAAUUAAAGAAGACCGAAGCUCUCAAAAAUCAUUGCCAGCGUCACCGUCCGUGACAACUCUAUCAAUUUGUCAAGCACGCUCUGAUGCUGAUUCAAUUGUCACUGAAUGCGGAGAAUGUGAAAUUGAACCUGAAUUGGAGUAUUCUAGUGGUGAUUCCAAUAGUGUCGUUGAAAAUGGAAAUGAUUAUGAUAUUGAAGAUGAACGAGAAUCAUCCGAUACUAAAGUUGACGAGGUGGAAAAUGACAUCAACCACCACUAUGGAAUUUGUGAUAACGGUGAAAAUGAAGAUGACGAAGAAAGAAGUGAUGAUGAAACACCUGUAAAAUCGCCUAGUUUAGAUUCAAUGGCUAGAGAUUGGCAAGAUCAAAUAAAUAUCGAUUACAAAAUUGUAGUGGCAGAAGUUAAUAAGCUGUCAGGUUUAGGUAUAAGCCUUGAAGGCACUGUAGAAAUUCAAGCGAUGGGCGUCGAGUUACGUCCUCAUCAUUAUAUUCGUUCAAUACUUAUUGAUGGACCAGUAGGUAAAGAUGGUCGUUUGAGAACAGGCGACGAACUAUUACAAAUUAAUGAACACAAAUUGCAAGGAUUACGACAUACUGAUGUUGUUAAAGUUAUCAAGAAUCUUCCGGAGAAAGUAAAAAUUGUUUGCGCUCGUGGAAAACAUGAACGUGAAGUAAUAAAUACUUCUCAAAAUCCUGAGGCCUUUGAAACAAGAAACAUUUUGGCGUUUGGCUUACAAAGUCUGUUUAUGCCGGGAUCGCUUAACACGAAAGCAUUAUCAGAAAGUUCACUUUAUACUUCAAGCACCGCAACAAUAACAGAUCAACAAAAGUUUAGAUCGAUGGAAAAUGUAUCCGGAUUGGCUCUUUGGACUGAAGACAUCACAUAUGUGUCACUAGAAAAGACCGAAAAAGGUUUUGGUUUCUCCAUUCUUGACUAUCAAGAUCCACUUGAUACAGAUGCGACAGUGAUUGUUGUUAGGGGACUGAUUCCUGGCGGAGCAGCUGAAAGUGCAAAUGUUAUUUUUCCAGGUGACAGAAUCAUAUCUGUCAAUGAACAUAAUCUUCGCAACGUGACAUUAGAUGAAGCUGUUCAAGUUCUCAAGAGUAUACCAUUAGGUUAUGCACAAAUUGGCUUAUGUCGUCCACUGUCAACAUCCGAUAAUAACCUCUCAUCUAAUAGUAAUACACCAACCACAUAGCUAGACAUAAUUGAUCUGUUUUUUGAACUAGAAAUAUGAAUGAAGCAUCUUUCGGAGAUGAAGACAUAAAUAUUUAAAAAAAACCUAUAUGAGACCAAUAACAUUACCAUUUUAAAACACAGAAAUUUAAAAGCUAUGCCUGCAAAUUUUUGCAUUUACAAAAAUAUUUAUGAA